CAGACACAUUGUUGAAAUUCAUUUUGACGUAGGCCAAGAUAAGGAGGUACCUCGCUUCUCACGAUGACCUCUACGAUCGUGUAUAUCCAGACGAAAGCAGUAGUCAGUGGUACAUUGUCAGUUUCAACGAAAGCACAGAAUUCACGAUCUAUAUUUGGUUAACCUUAUAAACGAUAUCGAUCCACAUCUUUUUGAUCGGACACGAGAAUCGUUCAGUCGUACUUCGCUCAGAUCGUGAAAGAUUCGCGUGCAUUUAAAAACAUAUGUGGGUAUGUACGCACAUAUGUGUGCGUAUCAGAAUUAGUAUAAAUCUGUUUGGCUUACUAUGUGGAUCGAGUAAAUUGAAUAUAAAGAGGCAUUUAAACAUAGAAAAGAAAAAAACGAUCUAUCAUUCUUCUCGUUAACAAUUAUGGUUACAAACGACAAAAUCGUUCACAUAUCAACGUGGGAAAUAGUUAAAUUGCAUUUCUUCUCUUUUGCAUACGGCUUGUAUCUAAUAGUGAAACGAUUUCUUAAAUGGGCCUGGGACCCCACAAGAUUCUUCAUGAUGCAACAACGAGACAAACCCCCGCCGUGUCUAGUAGACAAUAACUUAGGGACGCACUCUUACGUGAAAAUUAAGAGUAUAAAAUUUCAUUAUGUAGAGGCUGGGGAUAAAGAUAAACCACUUAUUUUACUUCUGCAUGGAUUUCCUGAUUGCUGGUUAUCCUGGAGAGAGCAAAUACCAUGCCUCGCUGAACAUUACAGGGUAGUAGCAAUAGACUUGAAGGGAUUCGGUGAUAGUGAUAAACCAUCGACCAAACGUUCCUAUAAAAUAGAAAUUUUAAUAGAAGAGUUAAGACAGUUUAUUUUGUCUCUUGGAGUAAAACAAUGCAGCAUAAUUGGUCAUGAUCUGGGAGGACUUUUAGGAUGGUAUUUGGUUGCCUUACAUGGAGACAUGAUUUAUAAAUUUGUUAUAAUAUCAUGUCCUCAUCCCAAUUUUUAUUGGAACAGGAUGCCUGGAGAUUCUGUAUUUGACUCAAAAUGGAUACACUUCAGUAGGUUACCAUUCCUUCCUGAAAUUGAUGCUCUCAAAGAAGAUUUGUCUAUUAUAAAUGAUACAUUUCAACAUCUACAAUUAGAUCAAACAAACACUGGGAAAAAUUAUGUAGAAGCAUACAAAUAUGCAUUUAGUAGAAAAGAGGAUUGGACAGGUGCAAUUAAUUAUUAUCGUAAUCUUCCUUUUAUAAGACUUAACACAGAAUCUUCUGAGCAGAUUUAUACAAGAACAUUAUUUAUAAUUGGAAAUAUGGAUCCACUUAUAACAAUAGAAAGUAUUGUACAAAGUUCCGAAUAUGUAGAAAAGUUUAGUGUAAAGAUAGUCUCCGGGGCGCAACAUUUUCCACAUCAACAAAAGCCAGAUGUGGUAAACAAAGCAAUUUUAAAGUUUUUUAUGGGUACAACAAAUAUCAUAGAAAAAACACCAUCUAAGAGUAUUAUGUCCUCUUGGCUGGGAUCUUUAAGUAACACUGUUAAAUAUAGCAACCAUAUGUUUGACACUGUUCAUAAAAAGACUAGUGGUGUAGUAAAUGGUUUACCUAGUAAAGUACUAUACUUAGGUCAAACUACAAGUUAGGUUAAGCUUACCCAGCAGUGCAGUUUCUUCCAAACUGUAUCGGUGAACUCCAAUAAAAUUUCAAUUUUUGUACGUAUUCUAAAACAGAAACGUCUACAUUAGCCAUGAAUACGAUGUGAGCCGUAAAUACGAAUCGUUUUACUAAAAAUCGAAUGAUAUUAACCAAUUAAGUUAAGUGAUCAAGUACUCGUUUACUUAAAUAAUUAAGUUACAUAGUUUUUAUAUUUUAAAUUCGCACAUAAACGUUACAAAGGCUGACUUGUCGCUAUUUAUUUUUACAUAAUAUGCAUGUCUAAAUAAUAGGUUAGUUUUAUGUAAAAAAGUUUUACCAUUUU